AUGACUCCUGACACAAUACUCACCAUCGCCGGAAAAGGCUUGAAAUUGAAUACUGCAGAAGAUGUACAAGAAUAUGUGAAUUCUAUAUUGGACCUUAAUAAUUUAGAGGAAGUAGUGUUAAGCGGAAACACUUUUGGUGUUGAAGCUGCUCAAGCAAUAGCCAUGGCUUUAAAAAAGAAAAAUUCUAUCAAGAUUGUCAACGCGUCAGACAUCUUUACGGGUAGGCUUAGGGAGGAGAUUCCUCACUCUGUGAAAGCUAUAUGUGACGCGCUUGAGGAUAAAGAAUGCCUUGUAGAAUUAAGUUUUAGUGAUAACGCGUUUGGUCCGGCAGGUGCUGAGCCUAUGGUUGAUUUUCUUACUAAUAAUAGAUCUUUAAAGAUUCUCAAACUUAAUAAUGUUGGUCUUGGACCUCGUGGUGGAAAGCUGAUCGGUAAGGCUUUACUCGCUGCGGCAGAGAAGAAUAAUUCGGAAGGUCGUAAAUCUUCGUUUACAACCAUUAUCGCUGGUCGCAAUAGAUUAGAAAAUGAGUCCAGUCAAGCUAUCGCUGAUGCUAUAGCUGCUCACGGUUCUUUGGUCGAAAUUCGUAUGCCUCAAAAUGGUAUUCGUCCAGAAGGUAUCAUUACCCUUUGUAAAGGGUUGGCCGCAUGUAAAAAUUUAGAGAUUCUUGACCUUCAAGACAAUACAUUCACAGAAAAGGGUGCUCGAGCUUUUGCUGAAGCAAUUGUUCAAUGGCCAAACUUGAAAAUUCUCAAUAUCGGGGAUUGUCUAUUAUCGGCAAAAGGUGGUGUGGUUGUUGCUGAAACUCUUUUAUUAGGUCAUAAUAAAAAGUUAGAAUCCCUUAAUCUUCAAUAUAAUGAGAUCGAUAAUAAAGGUGUAAAAGUUCUUGCUUCUGCUAUCCUUACGCAUCUUAAGGAUUUAAUUUCAUUAGAGUUAAAUGGUAACAAUGUUGAAGAAGAUGAUGCCUCCAUCAAGGAGGUAAUAUCUGCAUUGGAAGCACAUGGUCAUGCAGAUGCUUUGGGUGAAUUAGAUGAUAUGGAAAUUCUUGGCGAUGAUGAGGAGGAGGAUGAACCAGAGGACAAAGAAGAUCUGAUAGAGGCACCAAGUUUAGAACAAUUAACACUUGAAGAUAAAGACUCAGAUACUGAAGAUUUAGAAGAACCACCAGAGACAAAAUUGCAAGAAGUUAGUGAAGUUCAAGUUCAGGAACCUUCACAUGAAACCAGAUCAACAAAUGAUCAAGUUGAAGCACUCUCGGAGCGUUUUGCAAAGGUUCACAUUUCAUAA